CCUAAAUCCGCGUUAUUAAUUAAUUACACCAAUUUUAAAUACAUUUUUAGAUUCAUCUUUUUUUGACUCUCACUCACUUUUUCAUAAACUUACACACUCCAGCUAUUCAACAGCUCUUCUUUACCCUUCUGUUCAGCUACCUUUACUUAAUCCACAUACCACAGCUCACUCCCCACUCACUUUCUACAACUAUCUUUCUAGAUUAUUCAUUAUGCUGCUGAAGAACCAUGAACCUUCCUAGCUUACUUAAACUCCUUAUAUAAAUCCCUUCCCUCGUCAAUCGUCAAUUCAUCAAACCAAUACCAAGAAGUAAAAAAAAAAUAAACAUAAUCCAAAGCACAUCACAAGCUAAGUAUGGCUGCUUCCUAUUACUACUCUAUUUUGUUAGCAUCUCUUUUAUUCAUAGCCACUACUUGUUCAGCCAAUUUCUACAAUGACUUUGCCAUUACUUGGGGAGAUGGUCGUGCCAACAUCCUCAACAAUGGGGAUGAUCUCACCCUCUCCCUCGACAAAGCUUCUGGCUCUGGCUUCCAGUCCAAGAACGAGUAUCUCUUUGGUAAAAUCGAUAUGCAGCUUAAACUCGUCCCUGGCAACUCUGCUGGUACUGUCACCGCUUAUUAUCUUUCAUCCCAAGGUCCCACCCACGACGAGAUUGAUUUCGAGUUCCUCGGGAAUGUUAGUAGCCAACCUUACACUCUUCACACCAAUGUGUUUGCCCAAGGGAAAGGCAACCGCGAGCAACAAUUUCACUUAUGGUUCGACCCAACAAAGGAUUUCCAUACUUACUCCAUUCUUUGGAAUCCUCAAAGGAUUGUUUUCUCUGUGGAUGGAAUUCCAAUUAGAGAAUUCAAGAACAUGGAAUCACAGGGAGUCUCAUUUCCUAAGAGCCAACCCAUGAGGAUUUACUCUAGUCUAUGGAAUGCUGACGAUUGGGCUACUCAAGGUGGGCGGGUUAAGACUGAUUGGACACAAGCCCCAUUCACUGCUUCUUAUAGAAAGUUCAAUGCAGAUGCUUGUAUUUGGGCUGCUGGGUCAUCUUCAUGUGGGUCGGUUUCCACUCCUUCGACGAGUUCGAGUUGGUUAAACCAAGAUUUGGAUACAACAAGUAUGGAAAGGAUGAAAUGGGUGCAAAAGAAUUACAUGAUUUAUAAUUAUUGUGCAGAUAUUCAGAGGUUCCCUCAAGGUCUUCCUACAGAAUGCGCACCCACUUCUUAAAGCACAACAAUUUUGCUAUCAGAUAGUAUUACUGUAUUAAAUUUAGAUUGAAUCAAAUUCUUUAUUCUUUAAUUCAUUCUUCCAAAUGAUCUGAUGUAAUAUCGUAAGUAAAUUUAAUGAAUAACAUAAUUUCAGUGA